UAUAUGUAGUUAUAUUGAAGUUUGUGAUUUUUCUCAUAGAUUUACAUUGCGCAAUAAAAUAAUUGAAAAUAAGUAGAAAUGAAAAAGCCUCCUUUACACAUGCUUUAAUGUACGGGAUUCAGGUGAUACGAAAACGAGGCUAAUUAAAUUUGGCAACGAAAGUUUUUAGUGCAGUUUAAUAUGAUCACGUUACGAGGAAAACUGAAAAAGGAUAAAAAUGACAUAGCAAAUUCAAAGAAUUACAACAGGCGAGUCUCGAUACGAGAUAAAUUACUGAUCAAGGAGGUACAGGAAAUGGAACAGACGUUGCCAGUAACUUGUAAAGUCACAUUUAAAGAUCCACAUUGUCUUCAUGAAUUUAUCUUAUUAAUUAUGCCAGAUGAGGGAUAUUGGAUUGGUGGCCAUUUCUAUUUUCAAAUUUAUAUAAGCGAAGAUUAUAACAUGGCGCCGCCAGUGGUAAAAUGCUUAACGAAGUUAUGGCAUCCUAACAUAAGUGAGGAUGGUGAUGUAUGCCUAUCUAUUUUAAGACAAAGUAGUAUUGAUGGCAUGGGAUGGGCACCAACACGCAAACUAAAAGACGUUGUAUGGGGUUUAAAUUCUCUUUUCACUGAUCUCCUAAACUUUGACGAUCCUUUGAAUAGAGAUGCAGCAGAUUUGUUUAUUAAGGAUAAAGAAUCUUUUCGAAGUAAAGUUAAAGAUUAUGUAAUGCAAUAUGCAAAAAGAUGAUUUAUAUUGUAACAUUUUAAUUAACAAAUAAUUAUUUACAUUUUUCAAAUUGGUUGCCUCCUUUUAGUAUAUGAGUACAGGAUUUGCUCAAAUAUUAUGUUAAUUAUGAUUUAACUUGAUUAAUAUUGCUAGUCUUUUUAUCUGAAAGAGAUUGUUAGCUUUCAGUUUCAUAUAAUUCAAUUUUUGGACUUAUAGUGAAAUUGUAUUAAUACGCUUUAAUUAUGACCUAUAUCAUUAUGUAUGAAGGAAAUGUAAACAUUAAAAAUUAAAAGUACCUUAUAUGCA